CAUUACUCUCUCUAAUUUUAAUUUAUUUUUAAAUAUAUAUUUUUUUAUUUUUCAGUUUCUCUCUCUCUCUCACACUCUAUCUUCUUCUCUUUUGUGUGCUUGUGCUGUUUGUGUUAGCAGGAUUCCCACCUAUUUUCUCCCAAAACAGAAAGCACUUAAAGAGAGAGAGAGAGAGAGAGAAAGAGAGAUAAAGGGAAAGGUGUAGAGAGAGAAAAGACAAGAGAGGCGGAAGAAGAGAGAUUUCUAGAGAGUGAAAGCUCCCAAAGGAAAGUAAAUCCACCGGAAAUGACUCUCCCCGGCGAAUCCGUUCCCUCCCUUAGUCCAGACAAAAUAUUUAUUGACCAAAUAUAAAUGAAAUCCCUUCCAAAACACCAGAUUCCCCAUUUUUUCUCUCACGACACCCACAAACAAAUGCAGUGAUAAGACCUAAGAGAUUAGUAUUAGUUGGAUUAGAGAGGGCAGAUAUACGAGGGACGGAGGAGAGUGGGUUUUUUUAUGAGUCGAAAAUGCGUGAAGCUUUAGUGGUUGAUGAGCCCAGCGACGUAGCAUCCUGCACCAAGAAGAAGAAAUCGGAGGAGGAUUUCAGCAAGGACCAGAAGCAGCAGCAACUACACCAAGAGGAAGAAGAUCUAAUAUUCGCUCCGGCUCCGGUGGUUCGGACCCGAUCCCAGGCCGCUAGCCGCCGUGUCACACCCACGACCUCUCUGGUUCCCUGGAGCGGUCCCGGGGCUACCGUAGCUUCUGGGUCGUCUGGUACGACGGUUGAGAAGGUCCUUCCUAACGGGGAUCUCUACAUGGGGAGCUUCUCGGGAAACGUACCGCACGGAUCGGGGAAGUACCUGUGGAAGGAUGGAUGCAUGUAUGAGGGAGAGUGGAAACGUGGGAAGGCAUCGGGCAAAGGCAAGUUCUCGUGGCCAUCAGGCGCAACCUUCGAGGGGGAGUUCAAGUCUGGGAGGAUGGAAGGUUUCGGCACUUUUAUCGGCUCCGAUGGCGACACCUAUCGCGGCUCCUGGAGCGCUGACCGCAAGCACGGCUACGGCCAGAAGCGGUAUGCAAACGGUGACUACUACGAGGGCUCCUGGAAGCGUAACCUGCAGGAUGGCCAAGGUCGGUACGUCUGGAAGAACGGAAACGAGUACGUCGGUGAGUGGAAGAACGGCGUCAUUUCCGGCCGAGGAGUCUUGAUAUGGGCCAACGGCAACCGCUAUGAUGGACAGUGGGAAAACGGCGUGCCGAAGGGCAACGGAGUCUUCACCUGGCCGGACGGCAGCUGCUACAUUGGAACGUGGAAUGAAGACAAUGUUAAGAUUCAACAGCUAAACGGCACGUUUUAUCCCGGCAGCAACGUGGUAACCAGUAACAACGGGAAUGGUGCAGGCAGGGAGUGUUGCCUGAAAGGGAUCGAGGGUAACAAUCUGAUGGUGACUGCAACAAGAAAGAGAUCAUCCGUUGAUGGUGGGAGGGGGAGCUUGGGGGUCGAGAGGAAUUUCCCCAGGAUUUGCAUAUGGGAGUCCGAUGGAGAAGCUGGGGAUAUUACUUGCGAUAUAAUUGAUAAUGUGGAGGCAUCCAUGAUUUACCGCGAGGGGAUUGCAGUGGAUCGAGAUGGGUUUCGGCAGUUCAGGAGAAAUCCCUGCUGUUUCAGUGGUGAGGUGAAGAAGCCUGGCCAGACCAUUUCCAAGGGUCAUAAGAAUUACGAUUUGAUGCUCAACUUGCAAUUGGGUAUCAGGCAUUCGGUUGGGAAGCACGCUUCAAUAUUGGGGGAUCUCAAACCCAGUGAUUUUGACCCCAAGGAAAAAUUCUGGACACGGUUUCCAUCUGAAGGAUCCAAGAUUACGCCGCCUCAUCAAUCUGUUGAGUUCAGAUGGAAGGACUAUUGCCCCAUGGUGUUCAGGCAUUUAAGGGAGCUCUUCCAAGUGGAUCCUGCUGAUUACAUGCUAGCUAUUUGUGGAAAUGAUGCCCUUAGGGAACUUUCUUCCCCUGGCAAGAGUGGAAGUUUUUUUUACCUUACGCAGGAUGAUAGAUUUAUGAUUAAGACAGUGAAGAAGUCUGAAGUCAAGGUGCUGAUUAGGAUGCUUCCAAGUUAUUACCAACAUGUCUGCCGGUAUGAAAAUUCACUUGUGACCAAAUUCUAUGGCGUGCAUUGUGUCAAACCUGUUGGUGGCCAAAAGACCCGCUUCAUUGUCAUGGGCAACCUGUUCUGCUCAGAAUAUAGAAUCCAUAGGCGGUUUGACCUCAAGGGGUCCUCCCAUGGCCGAACAACAGAUAAGUCUGAAGAGGAGAUUGAUGAAACCACGACCUUGAAGGACCUGGACCUCAAUUUUGUGUUUCGUCUCCAGCGAAAUUGGUUCCAGGAACUAAUCAAGCAAAUUGAUCGAGAUUGUGAGUUCUUGGAAGCUGAGAGAAUUAUGGAUUAUAGUCUCUUGGUUGGUCUCCAUUUCCGGGAUGAUAGUACAGGAGACAAAAUGGGAUUGUCACCAUUUCUUUUGCGUUCUGGCAAGAAGGACUCUUAUCAAAAUGAAAAGUUCAUGCGGGGUUGUCGUUUCCUCGAGGCUGAACUGCAAGAUAUGGAUCGAGUUUUGGCUGGCCGGAGACCGUUGAUCAGACUGGGGGCAAACAUGCCUGCAAGAGCUGAGCGGUUGGUUAGGAGGAGUGACUUUGAUCAGUAUAUAUCUGGAGGAGUAAACCAUUUAACCCCUAGUCGCAACGGUGAGGUAUAUGAAGUAGUUCUUUAUUUUGGGAUCAUUGAUAUCUUGCAAGAUUAUGACAUCAGCAAGAAAUUAGAGCAUGCCUACAAAUCUUUACAAGCAGACCCUAGUUCUAUCUCUGCUGUGGAUCCAAAACUCUACUCGAAGAGGUUCCGAGAUUUCAUUGGAAGAAUAUUCAUAGAAGACAGGUAGCAGUUGGGUAAAACUAGAAGUAAAGACGGUGGCAUGAGAAGGGUUAUUGGUGAUCAACCACAUCUCAAAUGAACCAUAACCGAGCCAAAUACAAUGGUAGAACAAACAUCCCUUGGUGAUGCAGGUUGAGCAUACAGUGAUAGAAGAUGAAGCCACUGGAAAUUGCGGUGUGGGAGAACUCGGGGGAACGGCAAGUUAGUCUUUGGGAUUGGUUAUGGCUGAAUUUUAAACAUCAGUCACGGGUAGCUGGAAAAGGCAGGUGUGCUUUUUGUACAUUUGGAAGGGAAAUAUGGAAUUUGAUUUCCACUUUUUUUUUUCUUUAAACAUUUUCUUUGACAUUUUUUUGGGGUGGGAUUUAUGUGGUAAUAUGAAAUUGUGAAAGAUUGUAUAGGGAAAUAGAAAAUGUUUCCCAGACAAAAAAAUUUGAAAAAUGGGUUUAGGGGAAGGAGGAAGAAGUUGGAAUAAGAAAAGUGUACAGAGAUUAUAGAAAGGACGGAUAGUUAUGCAAAUUUUUGGGUGUUGAGAGAUA